UCGUUUCGCGCGGCCAGUUGCAUGCAUUUGUCGUCUCCCAAAAUGGUUUGCGAGACUAAAAUAGUUGCGGACGAACACGAUGCUAUACCUGGGACCAAAAAAGAGUCGAUGAUGUGGAGCGCGGCUCUGUGCGCCGCCGAGGCCAAGGAGGCGCCGAAAGACGCCUUCUUCAUCCGCGAGUUCGAGCGUGAGGAUGAGGAGGAGGCGCGGCGCAUCUUCCACGAGGGCAUCAUGGAGAGGAUACCCAACACGGCUUUUAGGGGGCUCAGACAGCAGCCCAGGACCCAGUGUCUGUACGCGCUCCUGACAGUAAUGUGCUUUUUUGUGACCAAAUCCGUCACGCUGACCUGCUGCGCGCCCCUCAUUCUGAUGGGCGCGCGCUACUACUACAGCAGGAAAGUUAUCCAGAGCUAUCUGGACUGUGCUCUGCACACAGACAUGGCUGACAUAGAGACAUAUUACAUGAAACCCACAGGGUCCCGUUUCUGGGUGGCAGUGCUGGACGGCCGCGUGGUGGGCAUUGUGGCGGCACAGGGCCGCGAGGACGACAAUACGGUGGAGCUGCGGCGCAUGUCAGUAGACUCCCGCUACCGCGGCAAGGGCAUCGCCAAGGCACUGGGUCGUCGCGUCCUGGAGUUCGCUGUGCGCAACAACUACGCUGCCGUGGUCCUCGGCACAACAGCUGUCAAGUUGGCUGCCCACAAGCUCUAUGAGUCGCUGGGUUUCCGUCAGACGGGCCAGAGCGAGAACCACAGGCUUCCCGGGAUGAGCCGCUCGCCGCUGGAGAGGCUCUUCUUCCAGAUCCGCUACAGCCGCUACCGCUUGCAGCUCCGUGAGGAGUGAGAGGUGACAGGGAGAGAGAGAGCGAGAGAGGAAGAGGGGAGAUGGAGAAAGAGAGGGACAGAGAGAGAGAGA